GUUUGCUUUGGAGUGACAUCGAGGAAGUAAAUUUUUUGGGAAUGAACGUAAGGCGUGGGUACAACAGGCAGAGUUUUUAAUGCUGUUUUACCGUAUCAUCUACAGCCCAUCGACGGCUUUUUAUUGACCCGGACAUGAAGAGAUUGUAGAGUGUUUGAUGUCGAGGACAGAAGGGCAACAGCUGUCCGGCUAACCCUGCUAACAGUCAGUCAGUCUUUAUUUAUGAAACAUCACUGACACACAACAAGAGACACACACUAACUGCAGCAUGACCGGUGGACAUUCACAAUGAAACAUGCAGGAGUGUGGUUUGAUAUAAAACUUAUGAUGUGAUGUUAAAUGUACCCGUCAUCCAGCAGCAGUACCACUGGGAUUGUGGCUUGGCCUGUUCAAGAAUGGUGCUUGAGUAUUUGCAUCCAGUGAGUGAGGAGGAAUUUCUGAGAAUAUGUUCAGACUUAGAGUUCACAGAGAGCGUGUGGACUAUUGAUCUGGCUUAUCUCAUGUGUACGCUGGGGAUCAAGCAUUGCUUCUGCACACAGACGCUCGGUGUGGACAAGGGCUUCAGAAACCAGUCUUUUUACAAAAAGCAUUUUGACACUGAAGAGGACCGGGUAAAUGACCUCUUUCUGAAGGCUGAAGACAAAGGAGUUAUAGUCAAGAAAUGCUCCGUUACCAUUCAGGAGAUUCAGAGUCACCUGGAGCAGGGUCACGUGGCCAUAGUGCUGGUCAAUGCAGUGGUGUUGGAGUGUGAGCUGUGCUCUACUUCUGUCAAAUACUGCUGCUUCCUUCCUGUUGGUCAGAAGUGCUUCUGUCGAAAGCCAGAGUACCAGGGACACUUCAUAGCGGUGUGUGGAUUUAACCGGAAAAACGGCAGCAUUUUCUACAACAAUCCUGCCUAUUCGGACCGUGUUUGCUGCACAAGCUUCAGAAACUUUGAGGAUGCCAGAAGAAGUUACGGAACAGAUGAGGACAUUUUAUUCGUCUACAAAGAAGGCUGAGUCUCCGGCAGUGUCAGAAUACAAACUUAAAACACACCUUUUCCAUCCAAUGUGGUUGACUGGGUUGCAUUUUUGCCAACAGGUACUAACGCUGCUGAUCAAUAGCAGUUAGUAUUUGCCACCUCCUUAUGGUGGCAUGGUCCACAUCAGAGCUAUAGCGUCGCACACAACAUUACCAUGGUGCUAAAUCGGACACUGAAUGAUAGGUUAUGAAUUAAUAACAGAAAGGAAAGGGAGACGAAAUUAUUUUUAAGCUUGUGCUAAGUAUAUCUUAUGUAAUUACUGUGUUGUGGAUAUAUAUUUUUAUCUAGAGCUCAUUCGAGUUAUAUAGUCUCUGCCACUGUUGCACAGCAAGAGGUAGAAGAGGAAUGUAUAUAGUUUUUCAUUCAUGUAAAGAUAUUCUCACAUUCUGUUUGUUCAGGGUAACAUUGGAAAAAUCACGGGGCUGAAAUGUAUUUCAUUUUUUUCCUCUCGUAAGCCACUGUACAGUUGAGCGAAUGAUUUUAUUGGUG